UAUAUCUUCCUAGCUUAGCUCUCUCUAUAUAUGGGUUCCUUCUCUUAACGUCAUUUUUUCUUCUCUCAAGUGUUCUUAAAUUUUUUAGGUGUUUGCUAUUUUUCGUGAAGCAAUAAAAGAGUUUUGUUGAACAAGUUAGCUAUCUCCAUGGACCGACCAAAGAAACGGGACGUACUACGAGCGGUGAAUUCGAUGAGCUCCCUAUGCCAGAAUGGCGAAAAAAGGGAAGGAAUUCGAGCAGUGAACUCCGUGUGCUCGAUAUCCGAACUGAUGGAUGAAGACCUACUGUCUCGGCUGCUUGACCGUCCAAGGCUUAAACUUGAGCGGAAAAAAUCAUACGAGGAAAUGUCUUUAAGCCUCUACGACAGUGCACACUCACUAGACGGUAGGUCGGGUUGGGAUACUCCGGUUUUCUCCAUGAAAGACUCGUCUGACCUUAACCCGAUGGUCACAGAAGCUUGGGAGGCUCUCUGCCGGUCUCAGGUCUACUUCCGAGAAAAACCGGUAGGAACAAUCGCCGCCUACGACCAUGCUUCCGAGGAGGUCUUGAACUAUGAUCAGGUAUUCGUACGUGAUUUUGUACCGAGCGCUCUAGCGUUUCUGAUGAAAGGAGAGCCUGACAUUGUGAAGAACUUUCUCCUAAAGACACUUCAUAUUCAGGGACAAGACAAAAUGAUCGACAAGUUCAAGCUUGGUGAUGGCGCAAUGCCAGCGAGCUUCAAAGUUCUCCAUAACCCUAUCAAGAAGACGGAUACGAUCAUCGCUGACUUUGGAGAGAGCGCUAUAGGGAGGGUGGCUCCCGUCGACUCGGGGUUUUGGUGGAUCAUUCUCCUCCGAGCUUACACUAAGUCUACAGGAGACCAUUCUCUAGCUGACAGACCUGAGUGCCAAAAGGGAAUGAGGCUCAUUCUCUCUUUAUGUCUCUCUGAGGGGUUUGAUACUUUUCCGACAUUGCUCUGCGCAGACGGUUGCUCCAUGGUCGAUCGUAGGAUGGGCAUUUACGGCUACCCGAUCGAGAUCCAAGCCCUCUUUUUCAUGGCUCUUCGAUUCGCACUCUCGAUGCUGAAACAUGAUUCUGAGGGUAAAGAGUUUAUGGAAAAGAUAGUGACGCGGCUUCACGCGCUGAGCUUCCACAUGAGAAGCUACUUUUGGCUCGAUUUCCAGCAGCUCAAUGACAUUUACCGUUAUAAGACGGAGGAAUACUCACACACCGCAGUAAACAAGUUCAACGUCAUCCCUGACUCCAUUCCGGAUUGGAUCUUCGACUUCAUGCCUCUCAGAGGUGGCUACUUCAUUGGAAACGUCAGUCCCGCCCGCAUGGACUUCAGGUGGUUUGCGUUGGGAAAUUGUAUCGCAAUUAUUUCCUCAUUGGCCACGCCAGAGCAGUCCAUGGCCAUCAUGGACCUGAUUGAGGCCCGGUGGGAGGAACUGGUUGGAGAGAUGCCGUUGAAGAUAUGUUAUCCGGCGAUGGAGAGUCACGAGUGGCGGAUCGUCACUGGCUGUGACCCUAAGAACACAAGGUGGAGCUACCACAACGGAGGCUCUUGGCCAGGUGAGUUACCUUCUUUUACAAGUCAAUGAUAAUAGUUGAUGGGAUCUAAUGGACAUUAAUAUAUUGUAUACAUAUAUUUUAUGUCGUCAAUUUUUAAAUACCUUAGAUAGCGUAAACAUGAAAAAAUAAAAGAAUGAAAAUAAAUAAUAGAUGCUACACAUGAGUGAUAUUUUUCUUUUUUUAUAUCUUUAGGGAAUCCGAUGCCGAAACCGACAUUAAUUCUUGGAUUUUUUUUGCCGUCUAUAAUGGCCAAGUCAUAUUUAACUCUUAAAUCUAUUUAGUCUUUCUUUUGUCCAAAAAAAGAAGUAGAGUUUGUUUUCAUAAUGUUUAUUGUGAAAGAUAAAACCAAAACAAGAUCCACUGCUUCUAUGGUUGCUAACGGCGGCAAGCAUAAAGACCGGACGACCACAAAUAGCACGACGGGCAAUAGAGUUGGCGGAGGCACGACUAUUGAAAGAUGGAUGGCCGGAGUACUACGACGGAAAGUCUGGAAGGUUCAUCGGAAAACAGGCCAGAAAAUUUCAGACAUGGUCAAUCGCUGGCUAUUUGGUGGCCAAGAUGAUGAUGGAUGAUCCAACGCAUGUAGGAAUGAUCUCAAUGGAAGAAGAGAAACAUAUGAAACCUCCUCUUAAGAGAUCUUCUUCUUGGACUUAAAAUUAUAUGAUUUCCUUUUUGUGCUUUUUUUUUGGUAUUGUAUCGCUUUUUAACCAUUAACAAAAACAAAAAUAUUCAUAACUCCCAAACUUUAGUAUGUGGAAUAAUCAAGAAUGGUUGUCUUUUUUUUUUUUU